CCCUGAAUGUAUCUGGCUGCAAUUACGACCAAGGUGAUGCAUCUGACCGCAAUGACGGCCCCAGCCGGAUGCAUCUGCCUGCAAUUACGGACCGAGCUGGAUGCAGGCAAUCAUGUCCAGAGGAUGAGACAGAAUCUGAUGCGUGGCAGGCUCGGAAGAAGCCGGAUCGGCAUCGUGAGCGGGAUCGUGCGUCCUACGGCGAUGGCGCCGCACGGCGAGGCGCACACGGUGGCGAGUGGUGACGGCAACGGAAAUUUCACCAGCAUGGUGGCAGAGAUCGACCCCAAGUGCAUUGUACCUGAGGAGCACAGAGCCACGGAAGCAGAUGCAUCGUCCUUCGAUGACAGCGUGGAACGGAGCGUACCUGUAAUCGACAUCUCCGCGCUCGUUCAGAAAUCCAGUGAUGAAUCGGCAAUAUCGAGGGUGGUUGAACAGAUAGGAGCAGCAUGCAAGGAGUGGGGAUUCUUCCAGGCGAUUAAUCACGGUGUUCCGCAAGAAUUGCUGGACGAGCUGGCAGCAGCGGAACGAGAGUUCUUUGCAUUGCCAUUGGAGGAGAAGAAACGUGUAAAUAGAUCUAUAACCAAUGCUUGGGGGUAUGCAAAUGACGAGCUAACCAAGCGGACCCGCGAUUGGAAGGAAUGCUUCGACUUUGGCCCAACAUAUUAUCCAGAUCUGCCCGAUGAUCAUGAGAGCAAUCUGUCUCAGGAUGGGUUUAAUCAAUGGCCGGAAGGCCGCCCCAAGUUCAAAUCUGUUUUGACUCGCUACUUUGACGUCAUGACGGGGUUGUCCACUAAACUUCUAGAGGCCAUUGCAAUGAGCUUAGGACUUGAGGCAGACUAUUUUCACCAAUACUUUGGCAAGAAGCAUUCGAGUAUCAUGCGCCUCAACUUCUAUCCCAUCUGCCCUGACCCCACUGUUGUUAUGGGAGUGAAUCGCCACAAAGACGCUGGAGCGCUGACGGUAAUUUCGCAGGACGAUGUCGGUGGCCUACAAGUGUUAAAUGGCGGAAAAUGGAUUGGUGUGAAGCCAAUCAAGGGAGCUUUUGUAAUCAACAUCGGCGACAUGAUGCAGGUAUGGACAAACGAUAUAUAUAAAUCACCAGUGCACAGGGUUUUGGCAAACAAGCUUUCAGCUCGGUACUCCACACCAUACUUCUUCAACCCAGCCUAUGAGACCUUCUGUGCCCCGAUCGAGGCCUGCGUGAAGCCGGGAACAGAGCCAGCUUAUCAGCCAGUGAGUUGGGCUCAAUACAGGUUGAAGAGGUAUGAGGGAGAUGUGUCUGACAGAGGGGAGGAGGUGCAGAUUGCACAGUAUGUUAAGGGUUAACCAGCGAAAGCGGGAAGGAUCCCGUACUGUGUUCCAUGUUAGGAGUCAACUAGGCAAACUGUGUACUAAGGAUUAUGCAACGUGUUACAACAUACUGGACGGGAAGUUAGGAGAGAGAGAGUGGGAACGAUUCCACACUACGCUACGAGUUAAGUAGAGAAAGAGGGAAGGAGGUGCAGAGUGCACGCUAAUCUGCAGACUGUGUUAGAACUUAGAAGUUAUUAGGAAAAGAGAUGCAAGGAAUGGCACAAUGUGAUGUCUUUCCUUGUUGACCCACCAGUUUGCUGCCAGUCUGCUGGCGCAUGCAGAGGGCGCGUUUUAUUGGUACCUGUGUGCGUGCGCUGUGUCCAGUAUGUUAAUAAUAUAAAAACCCGUGGAGGCAGACAGGGGUGUCACUCGAGAUGGUGCUUUGAGGGGUGCUGGGAUAAAAGAGAGAAGGUGGUGACGAGGUUGGGUGCUCGCAAUUAAGUUAGCAGGGGGAAGGAGGGGAGGGGGGGGCGAGGGGUGGGGGGGGAGCGGGAGGGAGAACUCCAGUUGUGAUGCAACCGCGGUCAGGUGUUGGUUAGCGUCCAGGUCAGCCUGAUUAUAGACUACAUAUGACUGUAGCUCAGGCGGGGUGUAGACAGGUGUAGACAAUUCGAAGAAACUAACGUCGCAUGAACCUCUGUUGCAAUCCAGGUCAGGCUCAUUGCAGACCACCAUAUAAGUAAACUCAGACGUACUAAAAGGGUGGCCACAAGGUGCAGUGUCUACAUAGACAGCUACUCGCAGCCUAGCAUGAGCCUCUGCAGAAGACCAGUUAAGGUGAACUGAGGUCAUUGCGGAGGAUGUAUGAUUGUUUUCUUUUUUUCUUAAAAAAGAAAAAAGAAAAUAAAAAGAUGCAUACAUCUAGGCCCAUCAGGGUUCAAACUUGGGUCUGUAUUUCAACAGUUUUCAUGGGGGUAGCAACAGAGUCAAAAACUUGGGUCUGACUCUGCAUACAUCUAGGCCCAUCAAAGUUGCCCUGGUCUGAGUCAAAAACUGCUUUAUUGUUUGUUUGUUUUUUCUCCUUUUUCUUUUCUCCUCUUUUCCUAUCAUGCGCAAAAUGAAGAUGUAAAAAUAAAAAAGGAGGAACAUCAGAAAGAAGGAAAACGGACAUGCAGUCUGAGGUGGCUCGUUGAUGGUGCCACCUAUGGAUGGGACUCUGGGGCUGGGGGACUGUGGGACUCUGAGACUGGGGACUAGGGGAAUGUGGGCCUCUGGGACUCAUAGAGUAGGGGAAUGUGGGUUUCUGGGACAUGGCAAGUUCACAUGUGUACCAGGAGUCUGGGAAAUGGGAACCUCGCGGUUUUCAAUGAUUAUGUGGAAAAUAAACGAGUUGUUAUGAACCCAAUUCGGAGGAGCUGGCACAAUAAAUAUGAAAUAUCAUGAAUGAAAUUCACAAUGCUCA